GUUUUUAUUGAAAAAGCUUAGCCUUGUGCAUUGAGGCGUGUCUUCCUCGCCAAGGUAAUUUUUUGCUAAAUCUGACACGGAACCAACCAAUUUCGAUGACUAUUGUCAUUAAACUGAGAUGCGAUAUCGCUUACUUAUCUUAUCACGAUUAUGUACACAAGUGUUAAAUUUGUACCGUGUAAUGGACAACACAUCACGUACCGCGCAAACGGGUGCCGUGCACACCUGCGGAAAUUUUCUCAAAAACAUAACUACCAGGAACAUAUGGCUUCAAAAGAGUUAACACUUAGUUUCCACAACCUAAUCAAGCGAGAUGAGGAACUAUACAGCUACACAAACUACGGCAUGGACACCCCGACUCCAUCGUCAGCCCAAGACUGCCUGCAGAUGUUCACCAAGUUUGACUCCAACCCUGGGCCGGAUUCCGACUUUGACCUGAGCCUGGCUAUUCCGGAGUCGCUGUCCAUUAUUGAGACAGAUAAGGGUGGGAAAGAAGAGACUGAUGCUGUUGCCACACAAUCCAGUUCCGUGCCAUACAAAACCGUCCAUGACCCACCGAUCAAGUUCAACUCGGUGUACAGGAAAGUUUUCAUUCCCGGCGUGGAAAUAAAGGUCAGAAUAGAAGAGAACGAGCGCAGCGUGACUACACACCUACUUAACCCUAAUUUAUACACAAUAAACCUCCAACACGGCGACUUCACAUGGACGGUCCGCAAGCGCUACAAGCACAUAUUAUACCUGCACCAGCAGCUGACGCUGUACCGCGCGUCGCUCGACAUCCCCUUCCCCACCAAGACGCACAAGUCGCGCCGCGCCAGCUUCAAGAACACGCUCCUAGACGAGGAGAAUGCUGAGAAGGUUGCUCUGGAGGCCUUACCACGAAGUCAGUCGAAGAAAAUGGUGCGUCCGAGAAAAAGAAAAGGCGCCUUGCCCAGAUUUCCAAAGAAGCCAGAGGUGAUGGUCACAUACGAGGGAAUCCAGCUAAGAAUGAAGCAGCUAGAAGAAUAUUUAUACAAUUUACUCAAUAUUUCUAUUUAUAGGAAUCACCAUGAGACAGUCAAAUUCCUCGAAGUGUCUAACCUGUCGUUCAUAUCAGAGUUCGGGUGUAAGGGCAAAGAAGGCAUGGUGCUGAAGCGCACCGGUUCCACCCAACCCGGGCAAGCUGGAUGUAACUGCUUCGGAUUACUGGGGACGGCUGUGUGUGUCAGAUGUAACUACUUCUGCACGGGUCUGGUGUGCGCGAAAUGGCAGGAGCGGUGGUUGUUCGUCAAGGACACGUUCUUCGGAUACUUGCGGCCCAGCGACGGCUCCGUCAAGGCCGUCAUGCUUUUCGACCAGGGCUUCGAAGUAUCAAGCGGCAUGUACUCCACCGGUCUGAACCACGGGCUUCAGAUCCUAAACCAGAGCCGGCAGAUGGUCAUCAAGUGCUGGACCAAGCGGAAGAGCAAGGAGUGGAUGCAGUACCUCAAAGCUGUCGCCAAUCAGACUGCUCGAGAAUUCACACACCCAAACGUCCACCAUUCGUUCGCGCCGCCACGCGCCUCCACGCCCGUCGGCACCUUCGUGGACGGCUCACCCUACUUGGCCGCCGUGGCCGAAGCUAUGGAGCUCGCUAAAGAAGAAAUAUUCAUCGCCGAUUGGUGGCUCAGUCCAGAGAUAUAUAUGAAGAGGCCUGCUCUUAACGGGAACUAUUGGAGGCUGGAUACAAUAUUGAAGAGAAAAGCGGCCCAAGGCGUAAAGAUCUUCAUAAUGCUGUACAAGGAAGUUGAGAUGGCGCUCGGCAUCAACAGCUUUUACAGCAAGAGCAGAUUGGCCAGCGAAAAUAUUAAGGUUUUCCGUCACCCAGACCACGCGCGCGGGGGGAUCCUGUUCUGGGCGCACCACGAGAAGAUCGUCGUCGUCGACCAGGGCGUCGCCUUCCUCGGCGGCAUCGACCUGUGCUAUGGGCGUUGGGACGACUACAAACACAGGCUGACAGACCUGGGCAACAUCACGCAGAUCAUAAACUCCAUCAGAUCGAAGAAGAAAACGUCCAGCUCUCCCGGCGGCGGCAUGUUUCACACUCAGAACGGCGGGGACGUCACUCUUGAGCUCGCCAAACACUCCAGGGACAUCAUCAUUAUUGGGGCCAAUGAUACCAUCCAAAUCGAAAAUGCAGAAGAGGAAAAAUCAACCAUCGAUCCCAACACCCCUGACCCGGACCUACCGCAACUCCAACCAGGCGACCAUCUACUAAUAACCCCAAACACACGGACAGACAAAGAUGACAGUCCAGUAGAAAGGAGAAACGUGCUCAAUAAAAUAACAGAAAGAUCUAAAGAUAUAUUGAGUAUAGUGUAUCCGCCUUAUGAGGGGGAAAGGAAUGAGAGGGAGUUUGAUGACUCGGAGAGGAAGAAAGCGGAGAAAUAUGCACAGUCGAAUGAUCAGGUGUUGCUUACGGACGCGUUAACUACUAAGGGAAUGGUGACGAGAAGCUUUAGCGCUAGCAAGCCCACGCCGCUGGCGCGCGUGGUGGAGGGGCGCGUCAUCACGGCCAGCACCAAGGACAAGCUGGAGGGCAUCGAGGGCAACUCCAAGAUGUGGAUAGGGAAGGACUACACUAACUUCAUCGUUAAGGACUUCAAUAGCCUGGAUAUGCCCUUUGUUGACCUUGUGGACCGCAACUCAACACCCAGAAUGCCGUGGCACGACAUCGGAGUGGUGGUACAAGGCGCAGCCGCGAGAGAUGUCGCGAGGCACUUCAUACAACGAUGGAACGCUAUCAAACUAGAGAAGGCCAGACAAUCCGCAAGCUACCCAUACCUUCUGCCGAAGACUUACUCCGAGAUCAAACUGUUGCCAGAGCUGGAAAAGUAUCUGAACACUGACAUACACAAUGUGUCCUGCCAGGUGCUACGCAGCGUGUCGAACUGGUCCUGCGGAUUCCUAGACCCGGACACGGUGGAGCAAAGCAUACACGAAGCGUACGUGGACACCAUCACACGCGCGCAGCACUACAUCUACAUCGAGAACCAGUUCUUUAUAACACUGUCGCGAACAAGCCAGGCUGUGAGGAAUCAGAUAGGGGAAGCGUUAUACAACCGAAUAAUGCGCGCGCACCGCGCCCGCGAGACGUUCCGCGUGUACGUGGUGAUGCCGCUGCUGCCCGGCUUCGAGGGGGAGGUGGGGGGGGCCUCCGGCACCUCGCUGCACGCCGUCACGCACUGGAACUAUCAGAGCAUUUGCAGGAGCCGCGAAGCCAUCCUAACGCGCCUCUACGAAGCGGACGUGUCGGACCCCUCCCAAUACAUCACGUUCCACGGCCUCCGCACACACUCCACGCUCGAAGGAGAACCAGUCACCGAGCUCAUAUACGUGCACUCUAAACUACUGAUAGCUGAUGACAAAACUAUUAUAUGUGGCAGUGCGAACAUCAACGACCGGUCCAUGAUUGGGACCAGGGAUUCAGAGAUCGCUGUGCUACUGCAAGAUGAAAGCUUCACCGACGGCACCAUGAACGGCCAGAGCUUCCCCUGCGGCCGCGUGGCCGGCGCGCUCAGGAAGCGGCUCUUCCGGGAACACCUCGGGCUCGUGGAGGAAGACCUGCAGCGCGAGGAGAUCAACCUGGAGGACCCGUGCUCCGACCACUUCUACAGGCACGUGUGGCAGGGCUGCUCUAAGAGGAACACCGAUGUUUACGAGGAGGUAUUCCACUGCCUCCCCACCGACGCUGUCCACUCUUUCGCCGAACUCAAGAAGUACCAAGAAGAGAACAAGCAUUCCCUCUGGCACAGCGACCCGGCGCUCGCCAACAGGAAAAUAGACCUCAUACAGGGGAACCUGGUCCACAUGCCGCUCGACUUCCUCUGCAACGAGGUGCUCACACCGCGGACCACUAGCAUGGAGGGCAUGAUGCCUACUGCUUUAUGGACUUAAAUCUCGAGACCAGAUUUAGGAAGGAAAUGUGACGUUUUCAGCCAAAAGGUACCACAUUGUCGGUUGUCGAUAAGGUUGAUUUCAAAUUGAAGCUAUAUGGAAAUAGCGCCUUAUUGACAACCGACAAUAAGUACCCUUUUAAUUAAAAAUGGCACAAAUUAGAAAGGUAGUUUACACGUGUACUCGUCAUCAUUGACUUUUCGUCUGCUAUUGCUGACUUUUUAAAAACUUGUACACUCCUUUUUAGGGUUCCGUACCCAAAGGGUAAAAACGGGACACUGUUACUAAGACUCCACUGUCCGUCUGUCUGUCAUCAGGCUGUACCUCGUGAACCAUGAUAGCUAGACAGUUGAAAUUGAUUAUAUUUCUGUUGCCGCUAUAACAACAAUUACUAAAAACAGAAUAAAAUUAAUAUUCAAGUGGGGCUCCCAUACAACCCACGUGAUUUUUUUGCCGUUUUUUGCGUAAUGGUACGGAACCCUUCGUGCGCGAGUCCGACUCGCACUAGGCCGGUUAUUUGUAAUUUGACCUCGUAACACCCAGGGCAAUUUUUGUGUUUUAGAAUUUGGAACUUUCUUUUAUUUCUUAUAAGAGUUCAAAACUCUAAUUGAAUUUGUACUUGUAUUUCUAUUUACAAGUACGCGGGACUUGCGAGGUACGAGAUUAAAAUAAUACGCACUCAUUUCGGUGGAACAAAAUGUAAUCUGUCAAUCAGUAAAUAGAUAAAAACAGUAUAAAAAAACCAUAGACAAUACGUGAAAAAGGUAAAAUUGUACAAAAAGUUGUGAAGCCACUUCCACCAUUUGCCGGUCAACUUCAAUACGUAACAUUAUGUUAGAAUAAAGUAUAACAUUUUUUUGUGGGUGCCACAAGCAGCAAGAAAUCCUAAAAUUGGCACCUAACGAAUAAAUACUAAAAUAAAAACCUGCAAUUAAACCCUAUAAAAUUAACCUACACUUAGCUUAAGUAACCCCCUCUGCAUCGUACCUGGCUCAAAUUGCUGUGAGUGAUUAAACUUUAUGUUCGCUUAAAUACUUAUUAAAAAAAAUUCAGUAAACCAAACAGUUUUACUUGAAUAUGGAAGUUUAUAUUAUUAUCUGAAUAUAUUUAUCGAAUAAACGUAAUAUUAUAGUAAAGUGGAGAUAAUUUUAUACACAUAUGAUUUACCAUUAAUUAAUUGUUUAUUUUAUUGAUUAAUGCAGCGGUUCUCAAACUUUUUUGGCGACGAAACCCUUUUGGAACGCAAAAUAUUUGCAGGAGCCCCAAAUGAAAAAAUUUCGUUUGUCAAAUUAUCUGUGGACCAGAGAUAUAGGAGAGCUGGAUAUUGAUUUGUUUUCGCUUUUUCUCGCGGAGCCCCCGGGGCUUUGCGGACCCCUAGGGGUCCGCGGAGCACACUUUGAGAAUGGCUGGAUUAAUGGAUGGUGCUUGUUCAUAAUUUAUUUUAUGCCAAGUUCCUCUAGGUUUAAGUAGGUAUAGCAAUGUAGUACUUAAAGUAAGUAAAAAAAUUGAGCAAAAAAUGACCGAAUUAAAAUAACUUUACCCCAUCCUCCAGUAGGCUUAGCACAGUAGCGCCGCGACAGGUUCUCGACCGCGAGAUAGACUACUAAUCUAAUAUUUUAGUUAGUUAUUUUUAAUGAAAAUCUCUUUACACACACAUACAUUCUCAAAAUUGUUGCCUUGCUAGUUCUCUAAUCAAAAAACGCAUCUUUAACUUACCAAUUCCAGAAGUCCGUUCCGCCUUUGGGAAACGUUUCGGGGAAAGAAUCCGAGUGACCGCUUACAACGCUUUGCUUAAACAUUGUAAUCUUAAAGACUGCACCAUUGUAGAAGCUAAUAUACUCUUAUUUAAAUUUUUACAUUCACUUUCUUAUGCCGAGACAGAAGAUAUUAUAGCUAAAAUAUUUUAGUUUAGUUUUCAAUAUUGUAUUAUUUUUCGUUUUCUUACUUUCAAGUACUUCAUUUAAGUUUGUUUUUCAAUACCUACUUUAUUGUGUAGUACUUUAUAUUUUAACUGUACCUGAUGGUUUUCCUCGAUACAGGCGUAGCCUAGAGCGGAGACCCCUCACAUUCUCUGUUAUGUGUUUCAUUGAUAAUAAAUUUAUUCUUAUGAUACUGUUAGAAGACAGGUACCUAGAGUCUCGCGGGCGAGAUACUGUCGCGGCGCUCCUGUGCGAAUCACACAGGCGAUUUUGAGCCUUCAUUUUUAGUUUUCCGUACCCAAAGGGUAAAAACGGGACCCUAUUACUUAGACUCCUCUGUCCGUCUGUCUGUCUGUCUGUCACUAGGCUGUAUCUCAUGAACCGUGAUAGACAGUUGAAAUUUUCACAGGCCGUUUUUUGCGUAAUGGCACGGAACCCUUCGUGCGCGAGUCCGACUCGCACUUGGCCGGUUUUUUUAUCACGUGACCUGAUAGGGUCUCUAUUGUUUUCCAUAUAGUUUUAAGUCAUAAUAUAUUGUUUGUCCGCAUUUUCGUUAGUCAUAAUUUGGUUUUUCUCAGAAACGCGUAACUUUUCAGGAUUGCCAUAAUGAUAAAACAAACCUAACCUAACUUAUCUAUAGGAUAACCUGAGGAAAAUCCUGAAACGUUAACGGUUUCAGAAUGAUGACUAAUGAUAAUAUGACAAUCAUUACAUUAUGACUUUCAAUAGUUAUGUCAAACAAAGGGACCCCGACCCGAUAUAGUGACUGGGAGGCAGACGGCAGAGGGAACUUCAGUCUGUUCCGCCGACAAUAUAUGGCGAUGGUGGGAGUCAUACUUUUAUACUAAGAAAGUAUCGGUUUCGACCUUUUUUCAAAUUUUUUACUUACAUUGGUGCCUUUACGAGAUUAUUAUGAAUGUCCUAAUUUAACUACCAAUUAAGUAUUAAUUAUUUGUGGUAUUUUCUAUAAAAAGGGACCUUGUUGUCGAUGGCGCUUACGCCAUUAUAAACGAUGCUCCGAUAUAAAUACAAUGCCGCGCGACGCUGUGCGGCGUAAGCGCCAUCGACAAUAAGGUCCCUUUUCAUAGAAAAUGCCCUAUUUAAGUACCUAUAUAGGUAUCGGCACGGAUUUUACUCCCUUAUUCAUAAAUUUUUUCAAGCUCUUAAAAACCUCUGUAAAUUUUGUCCCUUUCUAACAAACAAAAAUUUCAAAUCGACGGAUAGAGCCAAACGAUUAUCAACGGUUUGUUAGAUUUGACAAAAUUCGUAUUCUAAAUCAUACUGAUUACAAGUUCGACAGCCCAUUUGAAAUUCAAAAAGCCUCAUCGAGGUAUUUAGCUUCGUUCAGCCAGACUUUCAUUCACUACCUGUUUUGCAAUGAGUACUCUUAUGUUAUGUAGCUGUUUGUGUGAUACCUUGACUCUCCUGCCGAUACCGUCAACCGGGGUGAAUAGGGAUGGCUGGGGUGAACAGGGACAAAACUUAAAAUGUGAUUUACCUGACAGUUUCUUAAUAACUAC